AUGUGUCAUCUACCAUGGCCCACCCAAGAAGGCACCCACCAAUCAGAUGAUGUGGAGCAGCAUGCACAUGCACUAAUUGGAUAUGGGAGUAUUGUGUUCUCAUUGCUAGUCAAAGCCAGAAUAAAGAAGGAUGGUUGUGUCAGCCUGUCAGAAUGGGUCCUGAUUGAGCAUGUGCAAGUUCGGGGGCUUCCUUGUGCCCACAAUUUUCAUGUGGAAUGCAUUGACGAGUGGCUCCGGCUGAAUGUGAAGUGCCCCCAUUGCCGCUACUCCGUCUUCCCUAACCUCGAUCUCAGCACCCUCUCCAACCUUCACACUGACACUGGGCGUCCCUCUGCUAGUCUUUUGAUGACCACAUGCUAUGUGCACGCGCAUCCAGUGGGCCAGAGCUACCUGUUGAGGUUACAGGGCCUGCUACGCACAAUCCGAAUGGAGAAUGCUAGUGGAGGCAAUGAUGAAAAUGGCCUGGAAGCAGCUGAAGAUGGACGGGCAGUGUUAUCUCAGGGUCCGCCAAGCACGACGGCACCGGUGAUGAUGGGCACAACCAUGACUUUGUAUUAUUUGUGGAACCUAAUGUUGUGUAACAAUUUGAUUGAGUUAAACUUUAAAUAGACUGUUGUUA